UUAUUUGUAUGUAUUUAUUUGUGAAUAUAUCUGUAAAUAAUAAAUAAUUUGUAUACAGUGUAAAACAAUUCAAGAAGUAUAUCAUUACGGUGGGUUGACGGUUGAUUACUGUUCUAGGUUAUUUGAACGUUAUUGUAUAGUUGCGUGUUGUUCGAUAUUAUCCGAUUUGUAUAAUUUAUUCAAAACGUAGAGAAUAUGAAUUUAUUACCAAAAUAUGCUGAAGAAUUUAGCCAAGUUGAUUAUUGGAAUGCAUUUUUCAGGAAACGUGGUAAAAAGAAUUUCGAAUGGUAUGGGGAAUAUCCAGAAUUACGUAGUAUAUUUUUAAAGUACAUAAACGUAAAAGACGAUGUUUUAAUUGUCGGUUGUGGCAGUUCUACCGUUAGUAUGUGCUUGCACGAUUCUGGCUACAGAAAUAUUACUAAUAUUGAUAUAUCACAUAUUGUUAUCAAACAAAUGCGUGAUAUCAAUGCAACUACGAGACCAAAAUUAUCUUUCUUACAUAUGGAUGCUACACAAAUGACAUUUGCUGAUGAUGUAUUUAAUGUUGUUUUGGAUAAAGGCACUUUGGAUGCUCUUAUGCCAGAUACUAAAGAGGAGACAAUAUCUAAUGUUAACAGAUAUUUUAAGGAAAUUACAAGAAUUUUACGUAAUUGUGGCAGAUACAUAUGCAUCUCUUUAUUACAGGAACAUAUUUUAAAAGAACUUUUAUCCUAUUUUCCAAAUAAUGGUUUUAUGUUUCGUAUAGUACGUUGUCAUGAAGCAGAAGAAAGAGCACGACUUGAAGAUGGAAAUUCAAUACCAAUUUUUGCAAUAAUUGCUACAAAGACAACAAAUUUAUCACAGACUGUUCUAGAAAUAGCAUUAGCUGAUGCUCCACCAAAGCGGUUAUCAUCAAUAAAUGAUAUAAUAUCAGCUAUACUGUCUGUGCAACAGUCUGCAUUUAUUUUUAACAUACUUCAAAAACGUAGCGUGGCUGAUAUUGGAGAAAUUUCACUAAAUUUAGAUUCUCCUAGUAAUAAGCAUCCAUGUUUCACAAUCUAUAUUUUAGAUCAGCUUAAGAGACAUCUUUCAAAAACUUAUGCUGCUUUUAUAGUACCACAAGGAAAAGAAACAGACUGGCUGUUUAGUUCAAAGGAAGGCAGACAACAAGUUCUUAAAAGCUCUCAAUGUGAUAGACUUGCUAUUGUCACACUAUGCAGGGAACAUAAAUUUGAAAGUUGGGAUGUUGUAAAAAGUGAAAUCAGAGAAUGCAUUUUGAGUUUAGCACCAGAAGGUUUAAUUGACAAAAAUGAUAUUCCAUUCCUAUCAUUGGGUACAGAUAUUGGGAUCAGAAAAACAUGCAUUGAAGGAGAAAGUAAACUGAGUGGUCCUUUUAUUGUUGAAGAGAUUGAAAGAGAUGGUAAUGAAUUUAGAAGACUAAUUUUCCUAAAUAAUCCAUAUGUUGUCCAAAGUGAAGCUCGUCUUAAACAAGCUAAAUCUAGACGAGGUAAAAUGAAAAAAGUUGUUGAUCCUGGUUUUUUAGCGUGCGAUCAUCAUAUAUACAUGAGCAUCGGUACUAGUGCUGUUAUAAAUUCUAAAGAAAGCGACGAAAUAAUGGUCGUAGGUUUAGGAGGAGGUGGAUUGUGUACAUUUUUAUAUAACUGUUUUCCUAAGUUAAGAAUUACUGCAGUCGAACUUGAUGAAGAAAUGUUAAAAAUUGCCACUGAUUUUUUUGGUCUUAUUCUUGAUAAUAGAAUGAAAGUUGAAAUCGCGGACGGUAUUCAAGUUAUCAAAGACAGUGCAUCGAAUGACAAAAAAUACAAAGCUAUACUUUUUGAUAUUGAUAGUAAAGAUACUACAGUUGGAAUGAGUUGUCCACCUAAACAGUUUCUAGAAAUGCCUGUUAUAGAAUCAGUUGUAAAAUGUUUGGCGAGUGAUGGUCUUUUUAUUCUAAAUUUAGUUAGUCGAGAUGAAAGUAUCAAAAAGACAGUAAAAAAUGAUCUAAAGUCUAUAUUUCACUCUCUGGCAUGUUAUUCUGUACAGAAUGAAGUAAAUGAAGUUAUAAUAUGUUCUUUGAAUGAAAUUGAUGAUAUCGAGUGGAAACAUAUAUUACAAAAGGCUGUAUCAGUUUUAAUUGAACAGAUGUCUACGAGAAAAUUAUUAAAUGACACAAAGAUGUUUGAGUUAUCGACCUUGAUGGAAAGUCUGCAUGUAGAAUGUUAAGUGAAGGAGGCAUAACUUAACGCAAACGAGACUAUUCAGGAUCUAAAUUCUAAACAGCAGCUACAUGGAGUGUUCACGCUUGCCAGAAUAAAUUAACCGAAUAAAAAGUCAAAGAUGCCUUGAUGAUACCAUUGUGCUUCCAUUUUCUGGCAAUUUAUGCGCAUUUAAAAAUUUUUGACAAGCUAAACACGAGCGCAACGUAUUGAAUAAUAUAGAACGGGAACCCUUACCCAGUCAGAGGACAUUUUUCUCCGAAUGUUUGAAAAGAAUUUGAUUCUGGAAACAUUUUUGAAAGAAAUUCGAUCGUCUGGAAAUCGUAGAAUUGUAAUAUUCUCAAAAUAUUGGGAACGAAGGGAGCAUAAAGAAAUUAGAAACUUUGCCGAUUUGAGAUGUGUGAAUUUUUUAAAAGAAUAUCGAUCGAGAAAUCUCAAAUUCUUUUAUUUGUUUAUUUGAAAUAAUCAUGAUCAAUCCUUACAAAGAAUCGCAAGUGAUUCAAAUAAAAAUUCUUGUGUAAAAUAAAAUUUGAACGAUGAGAAAAAGAUUUAUGCACAUAAUUAGUGGUCGCUGUGAAAAUUUUUAUCGUUUGACAAUUUAGUUAGAACAAGAGUUUAAGAGACAAAAGUGAUUUUGUAAGACAAAGAAAACUUAGAAUAACGAAGUCACUUGUUAUAGAGGAGAAACAGCAGGUGGCAUCGCUUUCGGAACGAUGAAAAAAAUGUGUAACGGCGAACUUUCACCGGUUAAUGAGACGUUAAUGCAACAAAUGGCAUGCCUUUGGUUAAAAUUUAACUUAAUACAAGUACAAAAUGUCGCCGUCCUAGCAUCCAUCUUAGAAUAAUUAUUUAUUAAUUAAGAUUUUUUGCUCCUCCCCAGAUGAAUAUUCGACUAAAAGAAAAACAUCAACUCUGUAAGUACAUCAAAGUCGUAUAAUUAUGAUAUCUUUCAAACAAAUUAAUCUUGAAGGUCUGUCUCUACCCUUUAAUCUUAAUCGAAUUUUAAUCUCGAGAUCAAGAAGUAUUACAGAAAAGCAAAUGAAAAAGAAUGUGAGGACACUUGCAAUAACAUUUUAAUUAUUUCGAAAAAUGAAUAAAAGAAAUAAAGACAAUCGUUUCUAGCUAUUCGCUAUAAGAAAGUUGUAAAUGCGUAAGUCAAUGAUUAGCAUUAAUAAAUCUAUUUUUUAGCUGUUCUUGGAAUUUGCUAGCUCAGAAAAGAAGGGAAAAUUGAACCAAUAAUAGUAAAACGCAUUAUCCCUGUAAUAAAACGCAAUCAUGUUGAUAAUUAUAAUGUUAAGGAAAAUUGAAAGACGAUAUGUUCUCAUGGGAUAAAUAUUUUAUUGAAUAAUGUAUGUGUUUUCUUUUAAUGAUUUUUAAGCUAUUUUCUAUUUCUAAUGCUCUAGUCUUUCUUCAGUAAAAAAUUCUACGUAUUUGGAUAGAAUGAUUCAGUUGUAAGAUCAUUUACGGAUCAUUAUAUCCAAAGAAUGAUAAUUGUAUCUACAGUAAAAAAAUCUAAUAGUACAAAUGUGAAAAUAAGAUAAAACAACGAAGAAAGAAUUUAAUUUUAUUAUUUAUCAAAUUCUUCUUACAAUGCAAAAUAUAUGGAUUUUUCAGAGAUCAUAAUUUCAGACAAAAUAUCAUAUCGUAAAAAUUAAUAAUGAUUAAUUGUUACGCUAUAAUUAUUUCUGAAAUUUAUCCCGUGAGAUGUAUAUCCCAAGAUUCUUUCAAUUGAGAAUUAAAAUUAUUCUAACAAAAAAUAUAAAAAGAACUUAAAUAUAUCCACGAUUAUAUCCAUUCGUUGACCAACAAUAGGAUAGUGAUGGUAUGAUUAUAUUAUAUUCGAGUAAUGCUAGGGAAUGUCACGAACACAGGGAACGAUUAUUCGCAAGAAACGACACGAUGAAAGAAGUCGGCUUAUUUUUUAUUCACCAUCCUCACGGGGACAAUUCUCUGUCGAUAUUUAUCGAGCAUGUUUCUUGCGACGCGACGUACAAGUCACGAUUAAAAUUGUUCUUAGGAAGAGAAUUCCCUGACGGGGAGGCAGAUAAAUGUUUUUAAAUAGGUCUCCACGGAAACCCGCGCGUUCGCGUAAAAUUUUUAUUUUAAUCGUUUGUUUGUAGAUGAUUGCAACGUUGCGUGGCUUUAUUAUUAUUAUUAAUAACUCCAUCGAGAGUGUCUCAUCCAAUUAACGCGACAAUUUGAUAUUCGACUUCAACUGAAAUUGUGCGAAAUUAUGAAAUUAUGCUGGAUACGAUCGCUCUAUUCGUAAUAGCUCGAGGAAGUCUAGACGACUGAUAUCUAGACUUUCUAGACGUAGUAAUCGAUAUAAUCUCGAUCGAAUUUGUUUCUUCUUCUGUUCCAAGAAGCUUCCCGAUUUUGAGAAACACGAAUCUUUAUUUAACAUAAAAUUAAUUAUUUCUUCAUUAAUUUUAAUUUCUUCUUUCUCCACCUCAACAGGGAAAUAGAAAUACGAAUUGAUUUGUCAUACGAAUGCUCGACCCAAAUCGAAAAUUUGAUUUAAAAUCAUUCAGUUAAAAAAUAUUCAUUGUUAAUCUUAUGUAUCUCUUUUUUUCUUCUUUUUUUCUUUUUUUAUUAUAAUUCCUUUCUUUGUUUGAGGUCAAUUCAUCCACAGGGGUUUGCGAUGGAAACGUGUCGCGCUCGUACAAACGAUUAAUUCUAUUCCCAGUGGUAUAAAACUUGCAGCUAGCUCGAUUAUUACGGCAAACAUAGUAUUUUCCACGGUGGAGAAUCCCCCAGGAGGUAUUUUUCAUGGAACUAUGUAGCAGAAACAUUAAUAAUUCAAUGGAAAUCAUCAUCGACUGUUACAUUCUUCAAAUAGGUUUUAAACUACAUUUUAAUAUUUCACUGUGUUUCCUCAAAUAAUCUUUUCUAUGACAAUUCUACUACGGAUCUUUAUGUAAUUUUUACGAAAAUAAUUGAAGAAAUGGAGCUUGUGAAGAAAUUUAUUCCCUAUUACAAAAUAUUGCUUAUAAGAAGUAACUAUGCUUUUGAUAUUUUAUUUAUUUUUGCAUGUUAUACAUUCUCUGCGUUAGUAAAACUAAUUUUAUUAUUUAAAUUAUCCAUAAGUCAUAAAAAUCCGUAGUCUAGUAUUAAUUUUACAAAAAUCAAUUUUACGAAAAUUUUUUACUCGUACGUAAAAGUAACUCGACAAGUUUGCUCUUCUAAAUCUAUUCAAAUUUCAUCGGGACUACAAACAGAAAUCUUCUAUGCAAAUUACUGUUAUAAAUUGGUGGUCCAUUCGUUUCGUAUUCGAUUGUUGAAGAGAUGACAAACAAACCAUUAGUGAAAUACUCGAUAUCGUCAACCUGAUGCGACGUUUUGGUGAAUCGACGGAAUUUCACUUUCCAAAGAACCUUAAUUACCAUAAAAGGGAACUCUGAGGUAUGCUAGCUUGACAUCGAUUUCAAGGUGCGUCUCGCCAAAGAACGCAGCUCUGAACCCUCGAAUACAAGCGUGUCUAACGAAAUGUAACAGAGAUCUACACAAUAGGUGCGCGUACAUUAGAAUGAAAAUCGUGGGACUAAUCGUGGCUAUUCUAUUGCUACAACUUGCCUUGACAUCGUAUUUCAGUCGAUUUCGUCGAUUAUAGGAUAGCGUGAACAGUUUCUUCUAACGUGGAAUUAAUUUUUAGUUCUGAGAAUUUUGACCGAGAAAGAUUUAUAAAAUUUAUGUUAUCCUUUAACAUACACACGUAUCUGGAAAACUUAUGAGCGUAAUUAAUUUUAAAAUGAUUUUAAGUAUCGUGGACUUUAUCUGUAAAUUGUACAUUAUAUCAUCUGCUAUCCUAAUCCGGCGCUGAAAAAUAUUCCUGACGUUUGCUCUUUCUUUCAGUGCUUUCAGUUCUUUAUGCUUCUUCGAUACUUCUGUUUUUACUGUUUUACGCCCGAUUAAAUGUUUCUUUUCGCGAGAAUAUCUAGGGAGAAAGAUCUCCAUAUUUUAGCGAAGUCUCAACGAAGCCCAUUUCAAUUAAUUAAUUGCCUUUUAUUAAAGAAUAUGUUUUUAAAUCGGUUGAAGAUAUUUUUCUACGCAGGAUGUUUCUCAUUGCGAAAACAACAUCCAGACAAAGAUUUCUAUAUAUGUAAAACUUUUACGAAUUAAUUCGAUGUAAUGUAAAUUAUGUAAAACUUUGCGAAUUAAUUAGACAUAAUGUGUGAAGCUGUGUGAAAAAUUUCUAUAUGUAAAACCUUACGAACUAAUUAGAUGUAAUGUUAUGUGAAAAUUCGCUGCGCCAUUCAAGCGGGAUAUCUAUGUAACUAUGAUUAAUUAUUUGAAUAAAAGUUGAUGAUCAGAA